AUGGUUGCAGCUCAGAGUAGACAGAAGUCUUAUGCAGACCUAAAGCGAACGCAGAUUGAGUAUGAAGUUGGUGAUCAUGUAUUUCUACGUGUGACUCCAAGGAAAGGGAUCCCAACGAAGAGGUUAGGCAAGAGGGGAAAGCUAAGUCGCAGAUAUGUCGGACCUUUUGAGAUUCUAGAUAGAGUGGGCAAUGUGGCUUACAGGGUAGCUUUACCACCAUCAUUGUCUACAGUGCAUAACGUAUUCCAUGUGUCACAACUUCGAAAAUAUGUAUCUGAUCCUUCACAUGUGCUGAGUUAUGAAACACUGGGUUUGCAUGAGGAUUUGUCGUUCGAGGAGCGUCCAAUGAAAAUACUUGAUCGAAAAGACAAGGUCCUAAGGAAUAAAACCAUUCCUUGGGUAAAGGUUUUGUGGAGAAACAAUGUUGUUGAGGAGGCAACCUGGGAAUUUGAGUCUGAUAUGAAGCAGCAGCAUCCCGAGUUGUUUGAGUAA